AUGUUAUCACUACCACGCGAAGGAUUCACAAUCGACUUUGUGGGCUCUGUAGCCCGCAGCACCAUUCUGAACCCCUUUGUUCUGAUACCGCUUACCGCAAGCUACUACAUGCUCAUGCCUACAUACUCGACUGCAUCCAGUAUUUUUGUGACAGUCAUUCCUAUGCUCACUGCGCUGACUCUGUAUCUCCGCAUCACCGAUUUUUUGAACAAAAAGUACCAUAAUAAGUGGGCUAGCGAUUCGACGUGGGAUUGGGAGAAAGAGAUCGUCGUCAUAACGGGUGGUAGUGGCGGUAUCGGCGCCCAUCUCGCGCAACAGCUUCAUCGUGGACGAUCUAAUCCCACCCUCAUCAUCGUGGACUGUAUUCCGUUGACAUGGACUCCUCUAGAUGGCCAGCGCGUCUUUUACUACCAAUGUGAUCUUGGUAGUAGCUCGCAACUCCGCGAUGUCUGCCAACGCAUCCGCGCAGAUGUUGGACACCCCACGGUGCUUGUGAACAAUGCAGGCAUCUCCCGGGGGGUGACCGUUUGCGAUGGCUCCUAUGCAGAUGUAGAGGCUACUAUCCGCAUCAAUCUUAUAGCUCCGUUUCUGUUAGUGAAGGAGUUUCUCCCAGAGAUGGUCCGUCAGAAUCAUGGCCAUAUUGUUAAUGUGAGCUCCAUGAGCGCCUUUCUUCCGCCAGCGAAAGUGGCUGAUUACGCCGCGACCAAAGCGGGACUGAAGGCCUUUCACGAGGCACUUCAACUGGAGCUAAAAAAUGAACACAAAGCGGACAGAGUCAGGCUAUCAAUUGCCUUCCUCAGUUUUAAACGAACGCCCUUAUUCAAAGGCGAGACUAGCCAGUCAAAUUUCUGGUUCCCCCUUCUGGAUGUAGACUCGGUUAGUGAAGAAAUUGCAAGAGUAUUGUGGAGCGGUUAUGGCAAGACGAUAUUUGUGCCUGGGAUCAUGCGCUACGUUGUGACGAUGGGCUUAGGACCUGGAUGGAUUUGGCGUCUUGUGAGAGAGGGGACUGGUAGGACCCGGGUUGACUUCAAAGGGAGGCAAAGGCUAAACCCCACGUCUGGGGCUUUGCUGUAA